AUGAAAGUCUCGGAUCUGUAUCUUUUUGGCUACAAUGCUGUCCAAGUCCUUGGGUAAGUGCUUGAAAUGAAUUUUUGUUUUCCUGUUUAGGUAUAGGUUCAUAAACAAUGCUGUGUUGGAGAUAAGAGAGCUCUCAGAUAAGGUGAACAUUUGCGUUAAGAAAAUGUUGUGUCUAGCUUUGGAUUUCGAUGUCCAAUUGUUGUUCAUGAACUUGUACUGCUGUUUUAAUUAGUUUUACAACAAAACCGUCUAACUGAGACCAUGGAACAUUAGUUUUUUUAGAUAGAGCUAGUGUAAUAUUAUCUUGCAUUUUUUGAAAAAAUAUGGAUAAGACCAUGCUUUUAUACCUACUUCAGGAUCACAAAAAUUUGCGGUAUACAAAUUCUAAACGUAUUUUGUCAUCUGUAGCGUUUACUAUACGAAUUUCCUUUUCAGAUGGGGAUCGGUGUUGGUAAAGACGGUUUCUGGAUUGUUGGCUGGAAACUCAUUUACCGCUUUGUACGAGAAUGUUGAAUGGGAACUACAGGUCUUCCAGACAGCUGCCGUGAUGGAGAUCAUUCAUAGUUUGGUCGGUUUGGUACGAUCUCCAGUCAUGACCACUGUUACCCAGGUCUUCUCCCGAGUUUUUGUGCUCUGGGCUAUUAUGUACAAAGUUCCUUCUGUAGGUUGCUUUUCCUUAGAUUGAGAUGGUUUUUAAGAACGUAAAAAAGUAUAGGUUUUGAAGUUUGGUUUCAUAAAUAAUGUUUUCUGACUAAUAUUAUUGUCGAACUGCCUAAUUACAUGUUCUUUUUCAGAGCCGUGCCAGUUUUGGAGUUCCUAUGUUGCUGAUUGCCUGGUCAGUCACCGAAGUCAUCAGAUACUCUUACUACGCCUUGAACCUUGUCAAUGCAGUACCAUACGUUCUCACCUGGGCUCGUUACUCUUUCUUUAUUGCCCUGUACCCACUGGGAGCUUCAGGAGAAGUAAUCACGAUGUUAUCUGCCCUGAAGGAAAUCGAUCAGAAGAAGCACUUCACCGUGGAAAUGCCAAACUCUGCCAACAUUGGAUUCUCAUUCUACUACGUUGUCAUCUUGUUGGCCUUGUACUAUCUACCAGGAUUCCCUCAAAUGUACUUUUACAUGUUCGGACAGAGAAAGAAGGUGUUGGGGACUGGAGUACAGAAGAAAAAGGAGUAA